AUGCUGGUGCUCGACGCUGGCGAGCUCUUGGAGUUUUCCAUGAGCUUUAUUGAUGAGAUGCACUUGCUGGAAAUGGGGACCCUAGAGCUCCUGUUUCUUAGGAUCACGGGGUGCGAGGAUCUCGAGUUGCUUAGGGUCUCGGCCCCGAGGCUCAAAGAGAUCACUUAUCACAAUAACCCAGCCUUCAUCCAUGACCCUUUGCCGUGCGUGUGGCGCUUAGAGGUCCAAUUGAUCACCCAUAUGAAAGAGGAGGACGAUGACAAUAACGAAUAUAGUAUUGAGGAUGAUGAUAAUGACAAUGAUGGUAGUAAUAUCUACAACCUCCUGAGGCAUUAUAACUCAUCAGUCAGAUGCCUGCUCGUGCAUCUUUAG